UUCUUUUCUUGUUUUUCUAAAAACAUUGUUAUUUAUCUUUAAAAUUUAGGUGAGCUAUAUAUUCAAAAUCGAUUUGAUGUCUAAUGUGGGUGGUUAUUGAGGUUUUCUGUGUUCUAUUAUGGCAAACUUCAGUUUGUGCUGUAUUGUUAUAUCCUGUUUUCUUUCUUGCCAUGACUUCACCCAGAUAAGAUCACCUCAUUCUUAGUGCUGACUUGCCCAUGAAAUUUACUGGAAAUUCAUUCCAUCUCUUUCUCCUGUUGAAGUCUAGCAGUCGCAUGGGAUCUCAGAAGUUAACUUGUGGUGUCAAAAAUCUUCAAUGAGCCUUUUUGCUCAGAAAAACAUUAGUUACCAUAAUUUAGAGGAAAACAUGUGGAAUGACAGAAUAGCCUCCAGGGAUUUGGCAAUUGGAAUAAUCUUCAUAUCUCAGACUAUAGUUGGAAUCCUGGGCAAUUUCUCUCUUCUUUACCAUUAUCUUUUUCUGUACUACACUGAAGGUAGGCUGAGACCUACAGAUUUGAUUCUCAAGCACCUGGUUUUAGCCAAUGCCUUGAUCGUUCUCUCUAAAGGAGUGCCCCAGACCAUGGCAGCCUUUGGGUUGAAACAUUUCUUCAGUGAUUCUGGAUGCAGAUUUCUUUUGUAUGUUCAGAGAGUGGGCAGGGGUGUGUCCAUCAGCACCACUUGCCUCUUGAGUGUGUUCCAGGCCAUCACGAUCAGCCCCGUGAACUCUUGCUGGAAGGAUCUUAAAGUUAAAGCCCCAAAGUACAUUGGCUUCUCCAUUUCCCUCUGCUGGAUCUUGUACAUAUUUGUAAAUAUAACUUUUCCAAUGUAUGUGUUGUCUCUGUCUGGCAGAUGGGGGAGCAAAAAUACCAGAUUGAAAAAAGAAUUGAGACACUGUUCCUACAUAGAUGAUGUGGAAAUCAUAGCUUCACUGUAUGCAGCCUUGAUAGUCUUCCCAGAAAUUUCGUUUACUGGGCUCAUGCUCUGGGCCAGCGGCUCCAUGGUGCUCAUCCUGCACAGGCACAAGCAGCGGGUCCAGCACAUUCACAGCACUAAUGUCUCCCCCAGGUCCUCUGCCAAGUCCAGAGCCACCCAGGGCAUCCUAGUCCUGGGGAGCACCUUCGUGUGUUUUUACUUCCUCUCGUCCACCUUUCAUGUUUGUGUUGCUCUUUUUCACAAUCCCAGUUGGUGGUUAGUGAACAUGACUGCCCUAAUUUCUGUGUGUUUUCCAACUCUCAGCCCCUAUCUGCCCAUGAGCCGAGACUCUUCUAGUUCCAGGCUCUGCUUAAUGUGGAUAAGGAACACGAAAUCCCCUCAUCUUUCCAGAAACAUGUAGACUCUAUGUCUUUGUACAAUACUCAGUUGUUUAUUGAGUUGUCAUGCUCGAGUGUUGCUACAGAUCUGGGAAAAACCACAUGUCUUUGUGAGGUAGACCCUGACAGGUGGCAGCAUUUCCCCAGCUGGGUUUUAUGGGGCGUGCAUGGGCAUAGCUGGGGGAAGGAUGCAGCCUGGCCUGGGUCUGCCGCCUGGUACCCUGGGGACAGUUGUCCUCAUCAAGGGGCUGCUUGAGGUGGAAUGGAUGGAGUUGGUCCUAGUUCCUCAUGCAUCAGUCAGAGUGGUUUCGACCCAGUGGUGUACUCAGAAGAAUUUGCCAGAAGUGAAGAAGGAGUGCUCAGUAUUGUCACGGGAUAAUUCUCCUUGGGUUUCUCUUUAUGUAUCUGUCUUAUUGGCAGCUUCAUGGAAAACUUUUGCUCUGGAUUGUUUUUCAUAGACUGUUUUUCACUGUUUGUAUAACAAAGAAGUGCCUUGAAAGAGAAUGUCAUCGUUCAGGACAGUGGACAGUUGAGUUUGCUGUACAAGAAAAUAAGGGAAAAGGAUUUCAGCGAUCUGGGCAGUUUAGCCUGAAAAGUAGUCCACUGGUCCUCAGCCAACAUACAGUAGAGUCCUGAGACCUAGUGAAUUGGAAAAUCCUCUAAGGUUCACAGGGUUUCUGGGUUAUCCAAGAGCUCCAGCCACCAUGCCAUGUCCUACCCUCCAGAAAUGCUGGUUGCCAGUGAAUUAGGAAAGUCAUCGCUUGAAAACCAUCGUACUGGUGAAGUUAAGCUAAAACCGGAGGCAGAGGCUGCUUUAACGUUUUCCCGCAGUGACCUUGCUUCAUUCAGACGGCUCCUCUCUGAUUCCCGGGGAUGGGCCCACCUGAGCCCGGGCUGGGCACCCGGGGCUGGUUCCCUCCUGAGCCCUCCAUCUGCUGUCCGUGUGGGGCAGGUUCCAGCAGCAACAUCCUCACAGACUGGGGACCUGGGACCCCAUGGAAGGAGAGGUCAGAGGUAACACUCAGGCGUCCCGGCAUGGAAAAGGCAGACCCUCACCUGUGCAUUAGGUCUUGAGGGCUGCCCAAACAGCACCCAGUACUCUGAGCGGCUGAACCAACAGACUAUUUUUUUCACAGUUCUGGAGGCUAGAAGUCUAACAUGGAGGUUCAGUAGGUUUGGCUUCCUGUGAAUCACCUCCUCAGCCACCCUCUCACUGUGUCCUCUUGACACAUCAUGUGUUUUCUGUGUGUGCAUAGGUCUGUGCUUCUCUGUGUCUCCAAAUUUCCUCUUAUGACACCAGUCACAGUAGAUCAGGACCUGCCAUACUGGCCUUAUUUCAACUUAGUCCCCCCCUUAAAGGCCCUUUCCAAAAUAUAGUCACCUUCUGAGAUACUGGGAUUAAGACAUUCAGCCUAUCAAUUUGGGGUGACAGGGUUCAGCCCACAGCAGACAGCUCUCUGGGCCCCCCAAAUUCAUGUCCUCAUCACGGGCAGAAUGCCAAUUCCCCUCAUCCCAAGAGCCCAAGACACACGCUAAUCAGCUCUAGAUCUGUAAUCUUAUCUGCACAUCUUCUAAGGCUGGGAUGGUUGAGACUUGAGAGAGGAGCCAGCCUGAGGCAAAUCCCUGUCUGGCUGUGAACCUGUGAGAGCAGACACGUCACCCACUUCCAAAAUACACUGGUGGGAUAGGCCCCUGACACACAUUCCCAUUGCAAACGGACAGAUUGGAAAAAAGAAAAAAAUGACCUUUGCAAAGCAAGUAAAAAGUCUAGGGGGGCAAAUUCCAUUUGGUUUCAAAGUUCGAGAAUUGUGCUCUGGGCCCCCCGGGUGGUGGCCCUGCCAUCCGGACUCCUUAGAAUGGUGUUGACCAGGGGGAUCUGAAAGGCGCAGGAUCAUGAACACUGUCCCCUCUGUCUCCUGCUGCCCUCGUUUCCAGCUGUUCCUCUGCCUCCAUCUCAGUUCGGUUUCAGUACCUGUAAUUUCAUCUUUUUUGCAGUCCUUACCUCAUUUCCUUCAGAUGUUUUGUCUGGAAAAUUCAGGUGCAAGACAUGGGUUUAUACAAAACCAGUGUAUUUAUACAAAGCGAAGCCAAAAUACAGGGGCAGAUGGCGACACCCAGGUUUCUCACUGUUGGAGAAGCAGGUUGCCAGUGAACAAGGGCAGGAUGGUAGAGUGACCCACGUGCAGUGGGGCUGAGUCGGAGGCAUCAGCGUGAGCUUCUGUUGGUUUAACACAGGCUCAGAUGAUUACAGAUGGACGUUUACAGGUUUGUGUGUGUGCGUGGUUUAUAAUAUGCAGAUAGAUUUUCCUGCUCUUUCAGCUCAGAGGGAGAGAAGCAAUGACACCACAGUAAUGAGGAGGCCACCUCCCCCCAGGUCUAGUAACACCAUCCCUGGGAGAGCAGCCAGGGUUCAUUGGAGAAAUGGCUGAGCCUGGGACUAGGACAGGACGUACGUGGAAGAACCUAGAACCGUGUAGUGGUCUAAGGUGACAAGAUGCUAACAAAAACAAAAAGGAAAAUGAUGGGCUAUGUCGAAGGGACAGGCGUCACCACCAAGAGCUCCCGAUGGUCACGUUGGAACAAUUUGAUGAAGAAAGGUAAAACACAAUACGGGGUUAUAUGUCAAAGUAUAAAAUCAAUGUGCAGUGGUCUAAACUGAUAAAAAUAAAUGACUGAAUGAAUAAGAGGCAGACCUCUUCUCAGAGGAAUUCCACAUAAUUUAUGUAGAAACUUUAUCCUAAGGAUGUAGAACAUAACACCCUACUCUUAAAUGUGGGCUGCGCACCAUGACUUUCUUUCAAAGAAUACAGUGUGGAAAGGGGACAAGAAAGUUCACAAUGCAGCAACCUGACAUCCCCCAGCUUGGGCAGUGACCUGGGUAACCUCCGCCACCAUAUGUCAUGGUGGGUCAUGCCCUCUUCGCAGGAUGUGAGA